GUACUGAGCAUGCGCAGUGAGCAAGGCCGGCUCCGGCGCAAGAAGGAAGCGUUCGCGGUGAUCCCGGCGGCUGCGCUGGGGUAUGCGGUACCGGCUAGCGUGGCUGCUGCACCCCGCGCUGCCCAGCACCUUCCGCUCCGUCCUCGGCGCACGCCUGCCGCCCCUGGAGCGUCUCUGUGGUUUCCAAAAAAAGACUUACAGCAAAAUGAAUAAUUCAGCUAUCAAGAGGCUGGGAAAUCAUAUCAUCAAAUCUCCUGAAGAUAAAAGAGAAUACCGUGGGCUAGAGCUGGCCAAUGGGAUCAAAGUACUUCUCAUCAGUGAUCCCACCACAGAUAAAUCAUCAGCAGCACUUGAUGUACACAUAGGUUCCUUGUCAGAUCCUCCAAAUAUUGCUGGCUUGAGUCAUUUUUGUGAACAUAUGCUAUUUUUGGGAACAAAGAAAUACCCUAAGGAAAAUGAAUACAGCCAGUUUCUCAGUGAGCAUGCAGGAAGUUCAAAUGCCUUUACUAGUGGAGAGCAUACCAAUUACUAUUUUGACGUUUCCCAUGAACACCUAGAAGGUGCCCUAGACAGGUUUGCACAGUUUUUUCUAUGUCCCCUAUUUGAUGAGAGUUGCAAAGACAGAGAAGUGAAUGCAGUUGAUUCAGAACAUGAGAAGAAUGUGAUGAAUGAUGCCUGGAGACUCUUUCAGUUGGAAAAGGCUACAGGGAAUCCCAAUCACCCCUUCAGCAAAUUUGGAACAGGUAAUAAAUAUACUCUAGAGACUAGACCAAACCAAGAAGGCAUUGAUGUAAGGCAAGAGCUGCUGAAAUUCCAUUCUACUUAUUAUUCAUCCAACUUGAUGGCUAUUUGUGUUUUGGGUCGAGAAUCUUUAGACGACUUGACUAAUCUGGUCGUAAAGUUAUUUUCUGAAGUAGAGAACAAAAAUGUCCCAUUGCCAGAAUUUCCUGAACAUCCUUUCCAAGAAGAACAUCUUAGACAACUUUACAAAAUAGUACCCAUUAAGGAUAUUAGGAAUCUUUAUGUGACAUUUCCCAUACCUGACCUUCAGAAAUACUACAAAUCAAAUCCUGGUCAUUAUCUUGGUCAUCUCAUUGGGCAUGAAGGCCCUGGGAGUCUGUUAUCAGAACUUAAAUCAAAGGGCUGGGUAAAUACUCUUGUUGGUGGGCAAAAGGAAGGAGCCCGAGGUUUUAUGUUUUUUAUCAUUAAUGUGGACUUGACUGAGGAAGGAUUGUUACAUGUUGAAGAUAUAAUUUUGCACAUGUUUCAAUAUAUUCAGAAGUUACGUGCAGAAGGACCUCAAGAAUGGGUUUUCCAAGAGUGCAAGGACUUGAAUGCUGUUGCUUUUAGGUUUAAAGACAAAGAGAGGCCACGAGGUUAUACCUCUAAGAUUGCAGGAAUAUUGCAUUACUAUCCCCUAGAAGAAGUGCUCACAGCUGAAUAUUUACUGGAAGAAUUUAGACCUGAUUUAAUAGAGAUGGUUCUCGAUAAACUCAGACCAGAAAAUGUUCGGGUUGCAAUAGUUUCUAAAUCUUUUGAAGGAAAAACUGAUCGCACAGAAGAGUGGUACGGAACCCAGUACAAACAAGAAGCUAUACCAGACGAAGUCAUUAAGAAAUGGCAAAAUGCUGACCUGAAUGGGAAAUUUAAACUUCCAACGAAGAAUGAAUUUAUUCCUACAAAUUUUGAGAUUUUGUCAUUAGAAAAAGAAGCAACACCAUAUCCUUCUCUUAUUAAGGAUACGGCUAUGAGCAAACUCUGGUUCAAACAAGAUGAUAAGUUUUUCUUGCCCAAGGCCUGUCUCAACUUUGAAUUUUUCAGCCCAUUUGCUUAUGUGGACCCCUUGCACUGUAACAUGGCCUAUUUGUACCUUGAGCUCCUCAAAGACUCACUCAACGAGUAUGCAUAUGCAGCAGAGCUAGCAGGCUUGAGCUAUGACCUCCAAAAUACCAUCUAUGGGAUGUAUCUCUCGGUGAAAGGUUACAAUGACAAGCAGCCAAUUUUGCUAAAGAAGAUUAUUGAGAAAAUGGCUACCUUUGAGAUUGAUGAAAAAAGAUUUGAAAUUAUCAAAGAAGCAUACAUGAGAUCGCUUAACAAUUUCCGAGCUGAGCAGCCUCACCAGCACGCCAUGUACUACCUCCGCCUGCUGAUGACGGAAGUGGCCUGGACUAAAGAUGAAUUAAAAGAAGCCCUGGAUGAUGUCACCCUUCCUCGCCUUAAGGCCUUCAUACCUCAGCUCCUGUCAAGGCUGCACAUCGAAGCCCUUCUCCAUGGAAACAUAACAAAGCAGGCCGCAUUAGGAAUUAUGCAGAUGGUUGAAGACACCCUUAUUGAACAUGCCCACACAAAACCUCUCCUUCCAAGUCAGCUGGUUCGGUAUAGAGAAGUUCAGCUCCCUGAUAGAGGCUGGUUUGUUUAUCAGCAGAGGAAUGAAGUUCACAAUAACUGUGGCAUCGAGAUAUACUACCAGACAGACAUGCAGAGCACCUCCGAGAAUAUGUUCCUGGAGCUCUUCUGUCAGAUCAUCUCCGAGCCUUGCUUCAACACCCUGCGCACCAAGGAGCAGCUGGGCUAUAUCGUCUUCAGCGGGCCACGCCGAGCCAAUGGCAUCCAGGGCUUACGGUUCAUCAUCCAGUCGGAAAAGCCACCUCACUACCUAGAGAGCAGAGUGGAAGCUUUCUUAGUUACCAUGGAAAAGUCCAUAGAGGACAUGGCAGAAGAGGCCUUUCAAAAACACAUUCAAGCCCUAGCAAUUCGUCGACUAGACAAACCAAAGAAACUGUCCGCCGAGUGUGCUAAAUACUGGGGGGAAAUCAUCUCCCAGCAAUACAACUUUGACAGAGAUAAUAUAGAAGUUGCAUAUUUAAAGACACUUACCAAGGAAGAUAUUAUCAAAUUCUAUAAGGAAAUGUUGGCGGUGGAUGCCCCGAGGAGACAUAAGGUGUCUGUCCAUGUUCUUGCUAGAGAAAUGGAUUCUUGUCCCGUGGUUGGAGAGUUCCCAUGUCAAAAUGAUAUAAAUUUGUCACAAGCACCAGCCUUGCCGCAACCUGAAGUGAUUCAGAACAUGACCGAGUUCAAGCGUGGUUUGCCACUGUUUCCCCUUGUGAAACCACAUAUUAACUUCAUGGCUGCAAAACUCUGAAGAUUCCCCACGGACGGGAAAGUGCAAGUGGAUGCAUUCCUGAGUCUUCCAAGGGCUAGGAAAACCGUCUUGUCCACUUUAAUAGUUUCUCAUUAACUAUUAGAGAGACAAACAGAAAAAAAAUUGUCAAAUGUCUUUAUGUAGAAAUAUUAAAAAUCCAAAGUAAUUAAAUUACAAAAUCUUAUAGAUGUAGAAUAUUUUUAAAAUACAUGCCUCGUAAAUAUUUUAAAAUUUUUCUUUUCAUUACUAAGAGAAAGAUCCCUUAUAUAACAGUACUUAAAAUGAUGACUGAUAUUCCUAUAGAAUCUUCCUUAUUCUGUAAAAUAGUCAUUUGUCAGAAGAAAAAUAUGUUAGCUUUUUUCUAAAAGGCUCCUGGGUUGACAGAAAGACUUCAAAACAUAUAGAAAAGUAAUACCUUUUUAAAAACUGAUCCUCAAUUUUGCGUUCUACUUAAUGGUUUCAUGUAAAUAAUGGAGAACAUUACAUUUGGCAGUUAAUGAACAAAGCAAGUAAUUUUCUUUUAUUAGUGAAACUUCUGAUUAUAUAAGGCAUGGUUUUAAUCUUUUUAUAAAAUUUGAACAUUUUUUAUUCAAACUAGUAAAAUGCUGGAAAACACCCUACUUAUUUACAGUGCUAGAAAUAGACAUAACCUUACAUCAAUUUUGUCCCAAACUGAAUUUCUCAGGAUUACUGUGAUUUGUUUCUUUCUGAUUGAAUUAUAUUGACGUUCUUUGUUGUUCAUAGUUGGUUUGCAGUGUUUCAUCGGUGUCACUUUUUUCCAUCAACACGUUGUUAUAUUUAUUUAACAAGUACAAGUAGGGUCAACUACAGAUCCCACUGAGUGUGUGACAUGCUUUUCCAACAUCAGCUAUUCUAAACACCUGUAACUUCUUACUACCGUGAAAUUGCAGUCAGUAUACAAACCAAAAUAUUCACCCUGUUAUGAAUAUAAAAACAACAAGUACAAAGACACCUUUUUGGAGGUAUAAAAAGGAAAACCUUGAAUUCUUAAAUAGAAUGAUCUCCACAGAGACUCUCAAAUCCCUUUUUUACUACCAGUCUAAUAUUGCCUUAAGUGUUAAGUUAUUUUUUUUUUUGAAUGUUUAAAUACAAACAUGCAAACACAGAGAUGAUGACUGGAGUGAACUUUAAAAAAAAUUUUUUUUCACAAGAUACUAUUUUAGGAAAUUGUUACUGUGGAUUUAACAGCUGUCUUGAAUUAUUUACUGUUAUUAAAACUUCAAGAAAAAUUGGAAACAUACAGGCACUAGUAAGUUAAGUGGCUCUGUUGUCCACUCACUCAGGCAAAGUAAAGAAUGGCAUUUUCAAAUGACAUUUUACCUUCAUGUCCAUUGAUUUGCCAGGACUUCUUUCUAUAGAGUUAUGUCUUUUCACAUCUUAAGUUUUCACAUUUGCCAUUUUUCCAAAUAAUCUGAAUUUGGGGCAAGAAUGAUAAUCACAACUGUGGAGGCUGCUUUCACGAGCGGGGCUCCAUUUCUACCAUCAGAUAAAUGUGGUGCUGUACCUGUCUUUUUAUCCCCACCUUCAAGAGCUUCCUCGGAUGAAGCCUGUCUUUGUCCAUCAGAAGGUACGUGAGUCAUCACCACUUCCUUCUGGUUUUAUGCACUUGUAGACUAUGCAGCUUUUCAUCAAACUGCAAGUAUAUUAUAUACAAGAGAGAUUGAAAAAUUAGUCCUGAGUGUUUAAAUCCACCACUGGAAGAGUGACUAAUCCACCUAUACCUUUUCUAUGGAGAAUUAUGUGCUAUUGGGUAACUUUUAGCUCUUUAAAGAAAAAAGGCGGGGAGUGUGAAAUUUAACAGCAUCACUUCUAUGAGAAAGUCCCAUGGAGAAGUCGGGUCAGAAAGGCAUCUCGUGUACUCCUCUAGGAACCUGUGAUUGCCAUUCAGCGUGCUCCAGCAUUGUCUGGUUUCCAGAUUGGAUCUGGAGCUGCUGUUGCAUCACUCAGGCAUACUUAGGAUUCCUCUAAAUGGGUCCAAGCUGCAGUCCACGAGCAAUAACAAACUACCCCGGAAACUGCUCUUUACUCUGUGCUUAGUAAUGGGAUUUGUGAAACACACUAAGGUGUUCAUUACCUGUGACUUUUUAAGAAGUCUUCUUUUUCACUAGUUGAUGUGGAAGAGAGAGCAUGUGACACAGCCAGUAUGUGGUGGAGUGCUAGGGUAAUCCUGUUUACAAUAAAUCGCCUGAAUUUCA